AUGGGUCCAGGCAACCGCCUCCCCCCUACCCGCCAACUUACCACAGCCCGCUCGUCAUCUCCCGUACCCGCCGGCGAUCACAGCCCUGGCCAUGCCAAUUGCGCGCAGCUCGACUUCACGUACGCCGCGGCCGCUGAUGCCCGACCACGUAUCCAAGCAGACAUAGGAGCCCAUGCCGAGCAGCAAUUGGGAGGUUCCGAGGUAGCCUCUCCAUCCUCGUGCCUGACGCUGGUUCGACCCCAGUAUCACACCACGGGAGCCAUCUCUGAACUUCCCAACGAGAUCAUGCUGCACAUCCUCGGCUAUCUGGAUGUCAAUGACCUCUUGUCCGCUUCGAGGACCAACCAUCGCCUGCGUCACCUGUCUCUCUCACCGAUUCUCCAUCACUACCGCCUCCGUCACACACGCGCCAUCUUGCCGCCAUUGCUAUCCUCCCCUUCGCGUCCUUCUCUGGCGGAACUCAUCGCCCGCUCCAUCUUUCUGACCCACACCUCGGUUGUCUCCCGCCGGCUGGCGCGCUCGCUGGUCUCCAUCCGACUCUCCCGCCGCCUUGCCACACGGCCAUCGGCCGAAGCCCUCGUUGAGCGGGCUGUUCUCCCACCCGAGUGCGUCCCCGGCAUGAGCAUGGUGCAAGUCGCACCUGCCCUUGUCGCCAAGCGACGGGCCAUAGAGAAGGAGAAGGUCAAGGACGGGCUAAGGAAGUGGGUGGAGGGCGUAUGGAAGGGUGAGGUGCGUCAGCGAGAGGAGGGCAUCAAGAAGUGGGAGGAGACCAAAGGUGUUGGAAGGGUGUGGCGGCUUCGGCGUUUCUGGGAACGAGUCUCGAGGGGAGAUGGCAUUGGCCUUCGGUAG